UAGGUAAUGACAAUGUGUACCUCCACCUCACAUUGUAGAAAGCGGUUUACGGUUUUUACGUCACCACAUAUAAUUAAACUAUAGAAGCGUCAAUACCCACAACGUGCUCGUCUUUACUCCUGGGCAGCAGGGAUUGGAGACAGGAAUCAGUCACGUGACGAUCUAAUUAAGUGCUUCGUUGCAUUGUUUCCUCCCUUCCCAGUUAACAAUAUUUUGUAGUGUCUGCGUGUACAAAGGUACUUUGGAAAUGCCAAUCCGUGUGAACCACCAAUUACAUUUGCACUAGAAGGCGGACCUAAAGUGCCACUUUCGGAGUGCACUCCUAAAGAAAGUACAAGCUUAAGCCAAGACAGGAGUAAUUUACAACAUAUGGUUAGGUGUCUACAGCUAGAAUGAAUGGAGCGGCAUAUUCCAAGUUUGACAAUAAAGAACAUGUGUUGAAGCUAGGAGAUAGUUUCGAACGGAACCCAAAGUGCGCAUUUCACACAAUUAGAUAUGACUUUAAGCCUGCAUCUAUUGACACAUCGUGUGAAGGGGACCUUGAAGUUGGCAAAGGUGAACAGGUGACCAUAACACUGCCAAAUCUUGAGGGCUCAACCACUCCAGUCACUGUAUUUAAGGGAUCAAAGAGACCAUAUAUGAAGGAAUGUAUCCUGGUAAUAAAUCAUGAUACCGGGGAGUACCGGCUGGAGAAACUCAGCAGCAACAUCACUGUGAAGAAAACCAGAGCUGAAGGAAGUAGCAAAGUUCAGUCUAGAAUUGAACUGCAGCAACAGCAAAUGCGCAAUGCUAACAAGACUCCAGUCGCUUCUAAAAACUCGCCUCCAUAUACUUCCAAGAACUCUCCUCCAUAUCCUUCCAAGAGUACGCCUCCACUCCCUUCCAAAAGCUCACCGUCUUACUCUUCAAGAAAUUCACCAGCUUAUAAGAACUCUCCUACUAAGGAAAAGCCAUCAUCUGCCACACCAGUGGAUGACAUUGAAAGAGAACUGAUGGCAGAAGCUAGCAUCAUAGAAGAAAUGAGCAGCUCAGACAGUUCGUCAGAUUCCAGAAAUUCAUCCACUUCAAGCAGUGACAGUUCAAGUAGUGAUUCUGAAGAUGAGAGCUCAAAAUCUCAUUCUACACCUCUGACUUCAUCUCACCCACAGCAAAAAGCGUCUGCUACAGAGUCCCUCAGUAACCGUUCUCAGGACAGUGGUGGCAUUUUAAUGAAUACAUUGAGAAGCGAUUUGCAGCUGAGUGAGUCUGGAAGCGACACUGAUGAUUAAGAUAGAUUUUCCUUUUAAUUUGAGAUUAUCAGAUAUUAAACUCUUAAGUCAUUAUCCUGAAUGAAGUUUUAAGUAAUCUCAAAAGACUUGAGACAUCUGCCUGCCAUCAAGGUGAAGGGCUGCCUUAACUGGAUUUUUUUUAUAAUGGAGCCACUGGAGAACAUUCCAGGAUAGUGGGAAAUAACUGAAUUUAUAUUAAAAUUGUGUCUUUGUGUUAUUCAUUAAUUUUGAUAGUACUUAAUCCUUCAGGACUACUGCUAAAUUGUGCCUCUUCAUAGCAUUUGAAACCUUUGAAAUGGAAAAAACUUAUUUUAAUAAAAUUACUGCAGUUUAA